UUGAAACCUCUAUCUGUGGCAAUAAUGUGCUACUUCUGCAUUUAGCGUUUGGUGAACUCCAGUCCCACUGAAACAAUGGGUUAGAAAACCCUCCAUCGACUUUGCCAAGCACAGACUCUCGUUUCAAAACCAAACUGACUAAAUCCUUUACAUAAGCCAUAAUUAAUGGUGCAAUGAUUGAGUCCAACAUGAGUCGGGGUUGCGCGUGGUGCGCUGCAGGAGGUGACGGGACCAGCGCGCAUUUGGAUGAGAAUCACUCAGAACACAGUCUGAGCCCGACGGGACACUUGGUGGUCGCGGUGUGCCUUGGAUUCAUCGGGACUUUCGGGUUUCUCAACAACACGCUCGUUCUCAUUCUGUUCUGUCGCUACAAAGUGCUGCGCUCGCCAAUGAACUAUCUUCUGGUGAGCAUCGCAGUGAGUGAUCUGCUGGUGUGCGUCCUCGGCACUCCGUUCAGCUUCGCCGCUAGUACGCAGGGACGGUGGCUCAUCGGACGCGCGGGAUGCGUGUGGUAUGGCUUCAUAAACUCAUGUCUGGGCGUCGUGUCUCUAAUCUCGCUGGCGGUGCUUUCUUACGAGCGCUACUGCACCAUGAUGGGGGCCACGCAGGCCGACUCUACCAAUUACAAAAAGGUGGCCAUGGGUAUUGCCUUCUCCUGGAUAUAUUCCAUGGUUUGGACUCUUCCUCCACUGUUUGGAUGGAGCUGCUACGGUCCGGAGGGUCCCGGCACCACGUGCAGUGUCAACUGGGCCGCCAGGACGGCCAACAACGUGUCUUACAUUAUCUGUCUGUUUUUCUUCUGCCUUAUUCUCCCUUUUAUCGUGAUUGUCUACAGCUAUGGAAGACUCCUCCAGGCUAUCACACAGGUGAGCCGGAUCAAUACGGUGGUGAGUCGUAAACGGGAGCAGCGUGUGCUCUUCAUGGUGAUCACAAUGGUGGUGUGUUACCUGUUGUGUUGGCUGCCCUAUGGGAUUAUGGCCCUGCUAGCCGCGUUUGGGCGGCCCGGCCUGGUCACACCAGCGGCCAGCAUUGUUCCUUCUGUGUUAGCCAAGACUAGCACCGUCAUAAACCCCAUCAUCUACAUCUUCAUGAACAAACAGGUUGAAAUUCGAUUUUUGAAUCCCAGUUUUUCAAUGUUUUUCAAAAGCCACGGUUCCAGAAACAAGGAGAAUUUUAAAAGCGGAUUAGUUCCUCUCUCCUGAGGGAGCAAUUCAUGACAAGCCAUUCAUCUACUGAACACUUGCAUGAAAUCUUUUUGCAAUCUGAAGGUGGUAUAGAGUCAUGGCCACACAAACAUUUCCCUAUUUUAUUCUGAUGGGUGUUCUUAGAGCAAAAAAAAAAAAUUGCUUUGUCAAUGUUUUAAGAUUAAAAUAAGUGUUUCCGUUUCAGAAAUGGAGUUGCUGAACCUUUGUGACCAAUACUUGCACCUCUGCAUUUUAGUAUAAAACUCUCUUCAAAAGUUUGGCUGAAUUUGUCAAUUUAAUGGUGAAGGUUGUUUUGUGAGGAUGUGGUAAAUCUCUCACACACAUCAACAGAACACCUUCUCUUGGAAAAUGUGUUUUUCUCCUCUGAGACCUCUGAGACGGUUAUGAUUAAUUGCAAUAAACCUUUAUCUAUAAUGAAAAGUGCAGCAUAAGAACACAGAGCUCUUUGUUUCCAUCAGACCUGAUGGUCAAAGCCUACAGGCUGUUUCUUCUGGGUGUGUGAUCUGCGUGCGUAGGGAUGUAGAGGUAUAUACACAGAUGCUCAGCGAGGGAUUGGCACCCUAAAUGAGGCAUAUCAUUCAGAUAAUCGCUGCCUGCAUGCCUGCCGAGAGGUCCUACCUCUACUAAUGAAUUCUGUGCACAGAGAGCUUUCAAUUUGCAAACAACCCAGUCCACAUUAGAGGAGACAUAGCAUCAGCUGUUGUCACAGGGCUGAUGAUUCCCACGUUGCUAUUUUAUUAUUCCUGCUGUCUGUACAGUUGCAAAUCCAGCAGAGAAUGGGAGAAAUGAGCUUGUGCAAUCAAGUGAACAUUCAGGCAUCGUUUUGUUUGUCUUUUUGACUCAUUAUGUGAAUUUCCUUCUCUUAAAGAGGAAACUCAUGUUGUUCCAAACCCAUUUGACAUUCUUCUGUGGAUCACAAAAGAAGAUAUUUUAUAGAAAGCU